CCCCAAUUGCAUCUCCCCCUCCGUUUACUCACCACCUCUCUCCCUUCCUGUAGACACCUACACUCUACACUCUUUCGCAUCAUGCAGUCCGCCAUCCGUGGUUUGAGGACUGCCUCGAGAGCGGCCGCUGUCCAAACUCCCCGAGCACGUUUCGCUCCCCUCGCCGUCAACUCUUUCCGAACAUACGCUACUGCCAAGCCAGCGGCUUCGGAAGUUUCCUCCAUCCUCGAGGGACGAAUUGCCGGAUCAUCGGAAGGCGGAGAUGUUCAGGAGACUGGUCGAGUCUUGACCAUUGGUGACGGUAUCGCUCGUGUAUACGGUCUUCGAAAUGUCCAAGCCGAAGAAAUGGUUGAAUUCUCCUCGGGAGUCCGUGGAAUGUGCCUCAACUUGGAAGCCGACAACGUCGGUGUCACCGUCUUUGGUAACGAUCGACUCAUCAAGGAGGGAGACACUGUCAAGCGAACUGGACAAAUUGUCGAAGUUCCCGUCGGACCCGAGCUUUUGGGCCGUGUCGUUGAUGCUCUCGGAAACCCUAUCGAUGGAAAGGGACCUAUCAACGCCAAGGAGAGGACCAAGGCUCAGGUCAAGGCCCCCGGUAUCUUGCCCCGACGAUCCGUCCACGAGCCCAUGCAGACUGGUCUCAAGGCCGUCGACUCGUUGGUCCCCAUCGGUCGAGGACAACGAGAAUUGAUCAUUGGUGAUCGUCAAACAGGAAAGUCCGCCGUUGCCGUCGACACCAUCCUUAAUCAGAAGAAGUGGAACGACGGAAGCGACGAGAACAAGAAGCUUUACUGUGUCUACGUCGCCGUCGGACAGAAGCGAUCUACCGUCGCUCAGCUCGUCAAAACCCUUGAGGAGAACGAUGCCAUGAAGUACUCCAUCGUUGUCGCUGCCACUGCUUCCGAAGCCGCUCCUCUGCAAUUCUUGGCCCCCUUCUCCGGAUGUGCCAUGGGAGAGUGGUUCCGAGACAACGGACGACACGCUUUGAUCAUCUACGACGACUUGUCCAAGCAAGCCGUUGCUUACCGACAAAUGUCUUUGCUUCUUCGUCGUCCUCCCGGUCGUGAGGCUUACCCUGGUGAUGUCUUCUACCUCCACUCUCGUCUCCUCGAGCGUGCCGCCAAGUUGAACAAGAACCACGGUGCCGGAUCCCUCACUGCCCUUCCUAUCAUUGAGACCCAGGGAGGAGAUGUGUCUGCUUACAUUCCCACCAACGUCAUUUCCAUCACUGACGGACAAAUCUUCUUGGAAGCCGAACUCUUCUUCAAGGGUGUUCGACCUGCCAUCAACGUCGGUCUCUCUGUCUCUCGUGUCGGAUCCGCUGCCCAGUCCAAACUCAUGAAGAAAGUUGCUGGUUCGCUCAAACUUUACCUUGCCCAAUACCGAGAAGUCGCUGCCUUCGCCCAAUUCGGUUCCGAUCUUGAUGCAUCCACUCGAUACCUCUUGGCCCGAGGAGCUCGUCUCACCGAGUUGCUCAAGCAACCCCAGUACACUCCCAUGCCCACUGAGAUUAUGGCUCCUCUCAUCUACGCCGGUGUCAACGGUAUGCUCGACAAAGUCGACGUCUCCAAGAUCGGUGCUUGGGAGAAGUCCUUCACCGAGAGCUUGAAGUCUACUCACUCUGGUCUCCUCGAGAAGCUGCGUGGUGGAGAGUUGCCCAAGGAGGUUGAGGAGGAGAUGAAGGGAAUCAUCAAGUCCCACAUCGACGACUUCACUGCUUAGAGAGACUGUUCCGCAAACUCUUCGAAGCUGCUGCUAGAGAGCUAAGGUUAGCUCGAGGGGGAAGAACAAAAAGCCUUCAAAUGCAUUGAUUCGAAUC